GCCAGUCCGAGCAUAAUCUGUAGACAUAUUUUUUGUUUGCAUUUUGCUUGACAGUUACAAGGAUAACGUACCAUUUGAAAAUUAAAUGUAAAGAUUUAAUGGCCGCUGAAAGGUCUUCCGAAUGGUGCACGUUCUACCUCCAAGAAAUCGAUUUGUCAAUUGUACGGUUACUGGCUCAUCCGUUGUAUUUCGAGAGUGUCAAGCCUAAAUAAAAGUAUUUAAGUAACAGUUUCAAGCAAGCGCCUACGAGUGUCUUAGCCAUGGAGGAGGACACUGAAUAUACUAAACUAUCGGUGGAAGACAGAUGCGUGCACAAGCUUUGGAAAGCAAGAUUGCAUGGGUAUGAGGAAUGUGCCAAGACUUUUCGAACAAUCGAUGACGAGAAAUCAUCAGAGUGGAACAAAUUCUUGGGUCUUGUAAAGAAAUUUGUUGUAGACAGUAAUGCUGCUGCGCAAGAAAAAGGUCUUGAGGCUGUUCUGGCCUAUGUGGAGAAUGCUGCUGCGGCUGGAAAAACUGUUGGAGAAGUCAUGAAUGGUAUUGUAGCCAAGUGUAUUGCUGCACCAAAGGCUAAAACAAAGGAUCUUGCUGUACAAAUUACACUUAUGUACAUUGAGAUUGAAAAGCAUGAGGCUGUCCAGGAAGAACUACUGAAAGGAACAGAAGCGAAAAAUCCUAAAAUUACUUCUGCCUGUAUUGCUGCAUUAACUCUUGCACUGCGAGAGUUUGGUCCUAAGGUGAUAAAUGUCAAACCACUGAUUAAAAAGAUGCCAGCAUUCCUGGAGGAUCGUGAUAAAACAGUAAGAGAGGAAGGUAAAGCAAUGAUCAUCGAAAUUUACAGGUGGAUCGGCGCCCCAUUAAAGCAACAAUUGAAUACCCUAAAACCAGUACAAGUCACUGAGCUGGAGACUGAGUUUAAUAACAUGAAGCAAGAGAAAGCAGUGCCUACGCGGUAUUUGAAAUCUCAGAAACCGAAAGUUGUAUGCGUAGCUGACACUGCAACUAAUGGCACUGACGAAGAUGAGAGGGAAGAAGUUGAUGACGUGGAUAUACCGGAUAUUGAUCCAUAUGAACUCCUGGAGCCUGUUGACAUUCUAUCAAAGUUACCAAAGGAUUUCUUGGAGAAGGUUGAGGCUAAGAAAUGGCAGGAACGUAAGGAGGCCUUGGAAAGCCUUGAAACACUGACGAAGAAUCCAAAAUUUGAGAGUGGUGACUAUGGUGAUGUUGUUCGUGCUUUGAAGAAGAUCAUCUCCAAGGACGCCAAUGUCGUGGUGGUGGUUCUAGCUGGAAAAUGCAUGGUAGGCCUUGCUACCGGUUUAAAGAAACGCUUCCAACCUUAUGCAACUGCCUGUUUACCGGCAAUUCUGGAGAAAUUCCGUGAGAAGAAACAAAAUGUUGUGCAGGUACUUCGUGAAGCUGCCGAUGCUAUUUUUUUAAGUAUCAAUAUCGAGACAAUCCUGGAGGACUCCCUGGCUGCACUAGAAAAUAAAAAUCCUGCUGUGAAGGCUGAAACUGCUGCCUUCUUGGCCCGAUGCUUCACCAAAACACCCCCGACGAGUUUAAAUAAAAAAUUACUUAAAGCUUAUACUGGUGGCUUGGUGAAGACUCUGAACGAGCCAGAUCCAACAGUCAGGGAUAAUUCGGCGGAAGCGUUAGGAACAGCAAUGAAACUUGUCGGUGAGAAGGCAAUUUCACCGUUCCUGACUGACCUGGACAAUCUGAAGAUGACAAAGAUUAAGGAAUGUUCCGAGAAGGCUGUUAUCUUGGUAAAAAUACCAGGAACGCGAAAGGCUGCAGACAGACCCAAUACUGCUCCGGCAAAAGUGGAAGCAUCUGCGAAGUCCAGGGAAACAGAAACUGUAAAAGCUAUUAAAAGACCUAAUACAACAACAAAGAAAGCUCCGGCAAAGAAACCAUCAGGAUCUUCCACGACGAACCCGACUUCGAAGAAGACAGCCAUGUCUAAAGUGCAGACUGAGAAGAAUUACAGUAACGAGGAAAUCGAAGAAAUGGCCGCACAGAUGUUAACAGACGAUAUCAUCUCGGGUCUGGUUGAUAGCAACUGGAAGACACGAUUGGCAGCUGUGGAGCAGCUCUUGGAGACGAUUAAAGAUAUGAAACCCGCUGAUGUGUCUUCGCAAGUGAUUGUACGCACCCUUGCCAAGAAGCCCGGCUUCAAAGAUACAAACUUUCAGGUACUCAAGCUUCGAUUGGAAAUCGUGAAGAUGCUAGCUGAAAAUUACACCUUCACUAGCACUGUUUCCGAAUAUUGCAUAAUGGAUGUCACAGAGAAAUUAGGUGAUGCGAAAAAUAGUAGCGUAGCUGCGGAUACCCUGACUGCCAUUGCCGAGGCAACGAGCUUCGAGGCCGUCGCCAAUGAAAUCACUGCAUUUGCUUUUAAUCAAAAGAAUCCAAAGGUUCAGCAGGAAACUUUGCUUUGGUUAUCCAGAGCUUUGAUGGACUUUGGCUGCACGAUUAAUAUUAAAUCGAUUAUGGAGAAUAUUAAGAAAGCCGUGGCUGCUACUAAUCCUGGCAUUAGGACCGCCGCUAUAACUCUCUUGGGAACCUUAUAUUUAUUCAUGGGUAAACCAUUGCUUGUCUUUUUCGAGAAUGAAAAACCUGCAUUGAAACAGCAGAUUGAACAAGAAUGCGAAAAGCACAAUGGAGAGAAUCCACCAGCGCCUACUCGUGGUGCUAAAGGUAAGAAAACCAAGGCUCAGGUGGAUGAUGAGGAUACUGAACUCGAAGAGAAGGUUUCUGGCAGCCAACCGGAUAUUUCUGAUCUUCUUCCAAGAGUAGACAUCAGCGGACAAAUAACAGAAAAUCUCCUUGUGGAAUUGUCUGAUAAGAAUUGGAAGGUACGCAAUGAGGGUUUGCAAAAGGUGAAUACCUUAUUGAAUGAAGCCAAAUUCAUCAAAGGCUCUAUCGGCGACCUUCCACAGGGAUUGGCUUUGCGGCUGGUGGACAGUAACAGUAAAAUUGCACAGUCGACAUUAGGAAUUUGCCAGACUUUAGCAAUUGCCAUGGGCCCACCUGCGAAACAACACAUUCGCACUUUAUUCCCCGGAUUUCUCCAAUGUCUGGGUGACUCAAAGAAUUGGAUAAGAAGCGCUUCCAUAGCCUGCAUCAAUACCUGGGGAGAUCAGUGCGGUUAUAAAGAAUUUUUUGAGGCAGAAAUGAUUUGUGAUGCUUUGAAAUCAGGCUCGCCAACCCUGAGGAUUGAAUUAUGGAAUUGGCUAGCUCAGAAAUUGCCCACCAUUCCAGUUAAGCAAAUUCCUAAGGAGGAAUUAACAGUAUGCUUACCACACUUAUACAGCAACCUGGAGGAUCGUAACUCUGAUGUGAGGAAAAACGCACAGGAAGCCGUACUGGGAUUUAUGAUUCAUUUAUCAUACGAAUCCAUGACUCGUACUACAGAAAAAUUAAAACCUGGGUCAAAGACUGUAGUUCUAGCAGCCCUGGAUAAAUCCCGUCCUAACUUACCUUUGAAGCCCUUACCAAAAAAAGCACCACCAGUCGAAGAUUCUGCACCGGCGAAAACCGUAAAGAGUGGUGGUGCUGUAAAAGCAGCUAAGGCUACAGUGAAAACAAAAGCCGGAGCUGCCUCAAAACCUAGUAGUGCCAGGAAGAAGGAUGAUGACGUGGACACGAGUCCUCUUUUAGCUAUAAAUAAUCUGAAGCAUCAACGAGUGAUUGACGAGCAAAAAUUGAAAGUUCUCAAAUGGAAUUUCACGACGCCACGCGAAGAAUUCGUGGAUUUAUUAAAGGAACUUAUGUCUUCGGCAAAUGUCAACAAGACACUUAUGGCUAAUAUGUUCCAUUCUGAUUUCCGAUAUCAUUUAAAAGCCAUUGAAUCUCUGACCGAGGAUUUAGCAGGAAACAGUAAAGCCCUUGUGUCGAAUUUGGAUUUGAUUCUCAAAUGGCUCACUUUGAGAUUCUUUGAUACGAAUCCCUCAGUUUUGCUCAAAGGUUUGGAUUACCUGCAAACUGUCUUCAAUCUUUUGAUAAAAGAUCAGUAUCACAUGCUGGAGAGUGAAGCGGCGUCCUUUAUCCCUUACUUAAUAAUUAAGAUUGGCGAUCCAAAGGAUGCUGUGAGGAACGGUGUCAGAGCUUUGUUUAAACAAAUAGCUCUUGUUUACCCAGUGAGUAAAUUAUUCUCGUAUGUGAUGGAAGGAUUAAAGUCUAAAAAUGCUAGACAAAGGACAGAAUGUCUGGAUCAACUGGGUUCAUUGAUCGAGAAUUAUGGCGUCACUGUUUGUCAGCCAUCACCAUCAGCAGCCCUGAAGGAGGUCGCCAAGCAAAUAGCAGACCGUGACAAUUCCGUGAGAAAUGCAGCACUAAACUGUAUCGUCCAGGCAUACUUCCUGGAGGGAGAGCGAGUUUUCAAACUAGUUGGACAGAUAUCUGAAAAGGAUCAAUCACUCCUAGACGAGAGGAUCAAGAGAGCAGCUAAGAAUCGUCCAGUAAAAUCUGCAUCUUCGGCGCGCAUCGUGGUGCCCCCAAUUUCGGUUUCUGUUGCGGCAGCUGAGGAAGUCGAGCAGGAUUACGAAGAGGAAAACGAUGAGAUGCAGGAACCACCUGUAGAUAUAUCAAACGAACGGAAAGAAUUAUGCACUGCGUCAAAGGAUGACAACAACUGCAAGGCGACUGUCGUUAAGGAGAGCUUGGUUAUCGAGGUCAAGGAAGAUUGCACAGAGAAAAAUGCACCGCCGGACAGCAAUGGGAACUUGAACAUGACACAAAUAUACUCUCCACAAUCUAUACACAACAAAGUCACUGGACCCUUCUGUCUCGAUAUGAAUUUACUACAGCAAAUCGAAUCCACUGGUCCAGCUGUAUGUAAGGAUCCAAAACUUGUCGAGCCAGAUCUUGGCUUCUUGGAUGAACCUCUAAAACAUCCUAAUAGGAUACAAAAUCAAGCUGCACCAAUCAUCGCGCCAAAAUUAUUCUCUCCAAAAUCUCCAUCGACAUCACUUCUGACAGCACAUUGUACCAAGGAAGAAAAUCUGGACCGCAACAUCCUGGCAAUGGCUAGCUUGGACUUGCCUGUAGCAAUUCAGGCUAUGAACAGCUUUGAAAGUAUUCUGCACAGUCAUCAAGCAUCAAUGCUACAAUCCAAGGAAGACAAGUUUAUCUCCUCAAUUAUUAUGCAACUUAAAUUACUGCAAACUUAUUCAUUGCAUCAGAAUAAUGAUGACGUAUUGAAAGGAUUCCGUGCUACAUUUAUGGUGAUUCUUGCGUUCUAUGAGACUGGUAUUCUGGGUAAGAACGUUCCGCUACUCCAGUUGAAGGAACUCGUGCACGAAAUGAUAAGUCUUCUGGCAGAAAAUAAAUUGGAUAGACAUAACGAACCGGAAGCGUACAACCGAGUGAUAAAUAGUAUCGUUGUGAAGAUGAUUGAUCAUUCUGAUCAUACCAAUAUAAUAUGUGUUUUGAUUAAAUUGCUACAUGAUUGCACUGAGUCUAAUGAGCCACCGAAGUACGAAGAACUGAUUAUGAAGUGUCUCUGGAAAAUAAUUAAAACUAUACCAGCUUGGGCAUCUGAUUUGGAUUAUGAUGCAAUACUUCUGGAGGUUCAUCAUUUCUUCAAGGAUUAUCCUUCGUCGUGGUGGAAGAAGAGGAAGUCUGAUACUCCAAUGAGAACUAUUAAAACAAUUUUACACGGUAUGACUAAAGUAAAAGGAAACAGUCUACUGAAUCAUUUGACUCUCGUGAACAAUACUAAGGAAUCGGAACUACAUUCUUACCUCAUAAGACUAAUUGCGACUUGCAAGCCAGAUGAUCCUAACUCUGCUUCGAGAGCAAGUAGCAAGUCUAAUGCUAUCAGCAGAUCGCAAAGACAUUUGGCACAGUUUACGCAUCAGCAGCUUUCUGAAAUAUUUACUAAGAUUGGAUCGAAGCAUCAGGCUCAGGAGGGUUUGGCACAAUUGUACGAUUUUAAGCAACAGUAUCCAGAUGCUGAUGUUCAACCUUACCUAGUGCAAUCCCAUCAGUUCUUCCAGGACUUCAUCGAGAAGGGUCUCAGGCAGAUUGAUCAAGAGAGAAAGAGUCAGGGACUAAUAUCAGCAAACAAUCAAUAUACUGCAGCUUCCGUAAGCCCAACUUCCACAAACGAAGUAAAAUCCCUGAUGGACCCUAUGUUGAGAUUGGAGAGACUUCGAAGCCUUGAAGCCAAAUGGAAUACAACAACAAGCCAGUCGAAUCCCACAUGAGUACCUCGUAAACUACAGCAAGUAUUUCAUCAGAUCAGUUCUCAGCCGAAUCCUUUAAUUAAGUUCCGUCGAUAAGUGAGAUCAUGAUAAUUUCAAUCUAGGCAACCCAUAAUGGCUUAUAAUCUGUUUCUACGGAUGAAGAAAAAAAAGCAGAUUGUAGAUCACGUUAUUUCAAGUUCGCUUUCGAGAACAAUAAGCUAAAAAAAGAUAAUAUAAAUUAGUUAAAGAUUGAGGCAAUGACUCGAGAGAAAAAAAUUGAAAACAAGCCACUCGUUAUAUUAUAAAAUUGAAGGACUAGUAUUAAAUAACGCGAUUUAUUUUAUUGGGCCAUAGUAAGAUAAACGAAAAAAAAAGAAAUGAAUAAAAGACACGUACUGAAACAUAUAAUUAACGAAGAGUCAGAGGGGUUUUAGAUUUUAGAUGAAGAAGAAAGAAGUCGGGAAAAAUAGAGAAAAUGAACAAUGAGAUAAACAAAAAUGGCCGAUAAAUCCUCACACAGCUCUCUCCCACUCCGAGACUCGACUCUCUUACUCCUUCUCACUGAUUCUCAAUUUUUCUGUUAGUUAUUGUGUAGUCGAAUACUAAUUAUUAUUAACGAAUUAUGAUACUCACGUGUUACAAGUAUCGAUUUAUUGAUUAAUAUGCUACUCGUGAUUAUCGAGUUAAUUCAUCUUGCUGUCUUCACCCUCGAAUUGUCCCAAUUUCAUUAAGAAUCGUCAUACCAAAUCAGUCAAAAAUGAAUCCAUGCGCUCUGAUUGUAUAUGAUGAUUUCUCCUUUUUACAAUUUAUUCUUUUUUUUUUUAUGCGAUUCCGUCGGUUAUCAUGUUAUUUUAACUAAUGGCACCGUAGAACCUUAGGCAAAGUCUACGAGUGUGGCAGGCGUAAUGUAACUACGAGCAAUCAUUCACCUCAAGAAGUUCAUCUGAUAACUUAUCGAUGCUUAAAGCUAUCUCAUGACUACGCCUAUCGGUAGACUGUGCCUUAAUUUAGGUGAUUAAUUAAUUAGCCUCAUUAAUUUAAAUUUGAUUGGCGCUCGUAAUUUAUUACAAUUUUUUCGUCCUAUUGUCCGUACUUAUGAAAUUUUUAAAUACGCGAUUAGAAUGUUAGGUAACGGAAAGGACAGGUAAGUCGCACGGUACGAUUUAACGUUAGAUAUUGUAUUAUUUUUAUAAUAUGUAUAUGUGACGUGCAAAGGUCGUUGUCGCCGAUAAUGCAUAGUGUGUUAUAUUAAGAGUUAAUUGAAAGAUCUAGGAGACUUAUUUACGCUUGUCACGAUAUUUGUUUUUGUCUUCUCAUUUUUAUUAGAAACUUCUUUUUAAUCUGGCAGGUCCAUCCAUGGUUAAUUUUCUGGCCUUUCAAUUACAUUUUUUUUUAAAUUUAAAAAUGUUCAGUUUUAUAAGUGUAUGGAUAUAUUUUUCGCUAUUUUAGUACGAAAUGACCAUUACUAUCUAAAUUAUCAAAACGAGACUAUUAUAUAGUUCAUCAUAUUUGCAAUAAACAAUUGUUAGACAGAAAAUAUGUAAACAUUGUAACGGACAGGGACCGAAUAUAUAUUAAAACAGUAA